CUUUGCAUCCCAAAAUUUAUUCGUGGAUCCUUUCCAAAACGUAGCUUGGACAGUUUGAACACAAACCUGCAGCGAUUUCGUGACAAUGGAUCGUUAGUGAAAAACGCCAAACACUAUCAAAAUGUGAUACAUGAUUGCUUCUUUAACAUCCCCCUAGAACAAGUGGCUAUACCAGGGCUCCACCUAACACUUGGGAUAUAUUUAAAAAUGUUCAACAACUUGGAAAGCUACUGUCAAGAAGUUGAUUUAAGAAUUGCCACAAUUCAUGCUCAAACUACUGAUGGUGAAAUUAAUAUUAAAUUUGCAGAGUUUAUGGCAAAUAUGAGAAUUUUAAUCAAUUUACAAAAUGAGUCAAAAGAAUUGGAGGACGAGUAUGAUAACCAGCAGGAACAUAUGAACUGGAUGGUUAUAUCUAAACAAAUUACCAAGGAUGAGUUUGAAAAAAACUACAAACCAGAGUUGGAUAACUUAGAAUUUGAACUGAAGGAGAAACAUAGAAGCAUAAAAGCAUUCAAAGAAAAGUACCAAUUGGAAAUUGGAUCUGGUCCUUGCGUAUCAUCCCUAGACGAUACACUGCAGGAGCUUGGUGUUGAGAGGCAGGCGUACCACGGAAAAAGCUUUAUUGGCAACCAUUGUCAUAAAAUGCUCAAGGAUGGCAACAUAAAGUAUUUAUGUGAUCGUAUUCCUGAAAUUGUACAGAAUCAAUGUGAUGAUCAAGUUUUAUAUCUGGAGUGUCAAGAAACAUGCAAGAAGUUUGAACAACUGUUCAAGCUGUAUGGUUCGUGUCACUCAAUAUUCAAUUCUUCAUGUAUUAUGACCCAAGAAAUGUUAUCAAAUUUAGAGACAUCUAUCAAUCAGUUCAUGUGUUAUUUAAGAGUUAAUUGGCCUUCAAUAUACAUCAGUCCAAAGCUGCACAUACUAGAAGACCAUGUAUUGGAUUUUGUAAACAAGUGGAGAACGGGCUUAGGUUUUUAUGGUGAACAAGGUGGAGAAUCUAUUCACCACGAUUUGCAUCGUAUGAGAAUAAAUUAUUCAAACAUCAAAAACCCAGUUGACAGGCUCAAAUACAUUAUGAAACAGCACCUUUUGACAACAAAUCCAGAAGCUCAAGACUUGAAGCCAGCAGCUAAAAAGCGUAAAUUUACAAAAGGCGAGGAAGAGUAGUGACAGAAUUUUCUACUAGCUGUUAAGUGGAUGUGACUGUAUUUUGUCGCCUACCUAGCAUGUAUAUAUAUAAAUAUUUUAUGUUAACCAACCUUGUGUUAACCAGUUUCUAGCAAAUUUAUAACACAGUAAUGCCACAUUGGCUUAGUUAAACGAUAUUGAAGCUUUCAUACGUAUUUGAUAGUUAUCGUGAAACUGUGAAAAAUAUGCCUACUUCAAAAGUCAUUUUCUGAUUAAAAAAAACUGAAAGCACUUCAAAGUUGUAUUUUUCUCUUAGGGCCAUGUGUCCUUGAUGUAAAAUAACUUUUCUACAGCCCUAGAAAACUCUGAAUAACAAGUUAAUUACCUUGACGUUAGCAACGUAACGCAAAUAAGCAAAAAUCUUGAUUUUUUCUUUCAUCUACUUGAGUAGUCUUGUUCCUCGUACCUAGCUCCACUACAACAAAAA